CACAAUGGAGAGAAGUCUUUCCAGAUCUACUGACUGUGAGAAGGUAUUUUACAAUGAAAUUAAUCUUACAAGUGAUAUCACAAAUCCUACCAGAGAGAAAACAUUCUUGUGUGAUGAAUGUGGGAAGGCAUUUUCCUUGAAACAUAAUUUUAUAGUUCAUAUGAGAAUCCACAGUGGAGAGAAGCCAUUCAUGUGCAAGAAAUGUGGGAAAGCAUUUUCCAUGAGACAUAAUCUUACAGUUCAUAUGAGAAUUCACACUGGAGAGAAGCCAUUCGAGUGCAAGGAAUGUGGAAAAGCAUUUUCCCAGAAACCAGAUCUUACAAUUCAUAUGAGAAUACAUACUGGAGAAAAGCCAUUCAUGUGCCAAGAAUGUGGGAAAGCAUUUUCCAUGAAGAAUAAUCUUAUAGUUCAUAUGAGAAUCCACACUGGAGAAAAGCCAUUCAUGUGCCAAGAAUGUGGGAAAGCAUUUUCCCGUAAAGCAAGUCUUAUAAUUCAUACGAGAAUCCACACUGGAGAGAAACCAUUCAUGUGCGAGGAAUGUGGGAAAGCAUUUUCCCAGAAAUCAGAUCUUGCAAUUCAUACGAGAAUCCAUUCUGGAGGGAAGCCAUUCAUGUGCAACGACUGUGGGAAAGCAUUUGCCAAGAAAUCACAUCUUACAGCUCAUAUGAAAAUCCAUGCUGGAGAAAAUGACAAAUUAUAAUGAACAAAGAUGUUGGAAAGGUACCGACCAGGAUAAAACCGUCCCCUCGACUCAUUUCUGUGCCAGGCGGGUCGUUGAGUCUUGCAGGAUAGUUCAACAUAGUAGGAACUUGCUCUUAACAAAAAAAAUGAAACGAUUAGAAUGCCAGCCCUCACUAGAUACAGGUGAAAUAUAAACUGCCAUCAAAGUGACCACACACCAUUACAGCAUAAGGUCCUUCUUGGACAUUUAUUUCAUAAGUCCUCACUUAGUCCAUUAAUUGAAGAAACCAGUGACUGUUAUGCAUAUCUUGUAUGUAAGCCCUAGUGAUGGUGUGUAUCUCGUGUACCUGAUCAGUGCAGAGAAUAAGUGUUGGGUGUGUUUGGUUUGUAUGCACUAGAGACCUUAUGUAAUUCCUCAGUAUGAUGAGUCUUGUUUUGUCAACUUGAUCACUUUUCAGUGUUACCUUCUACAGUAAUGCUUUUGUUUCUCCUGUGUGGUAUCAAAUACUAUUGGGAUUACCUUACAGGAUGUGAUAAGCUAAC